UCAAUGUAUAUUAGUAUAAAUUACUGGUGGGAAUUGUGGAAGCAUGUUUUUGAAUUUGAUGUCUAUAAAAAGGCGCAUACAUAAAAGCGAAGAAGAAAUUGCAAAAACGUAACAAACAGAAAAGAGUGGGAAAAUGGAAAUUGGCAUGCUACCAAUCUCUGCAUCAAAGAGAGGAAAGCUCUUAGCUGCGGGUUACACAACACUCAACGCCAUUUCUCGCACUUCCACCACCAUCCUUGCUCGAGAAAUAGAAGUUUCUGAGAGUGAAGCUUCAGAAAUUCUGAAAUUUGCAACAAAAACUAGUGCUUUGGACAGAUCAAGUGGGAGUAACACUAACAUUAUUGAUGGUGGUCAGACUGCUUGGGAUAUGCUCAAUGAGGAAAGGUAUUCUUCCCUCGUUACCACUUCUUGUGUUGAUCUAGAUAACAUCCUUGGUGGAGGAAUUAGUUGCAAAGAAGUCACUGAAAUAGGUGGAGUCCCGGGCAUUGGUAAAACCCAAAUAGGGAUUCAACUUGCGGUAAAUGUUCAGAUUCCACUGGACUAUGGUGGCCUUGGUGGGAAGGCAAUAUACAUUGACACUGAGGGAAGCUUUAUGGUUGAGCGAGUUCUACAAAUUGCUGAAGCAUGCAUAGAAGACAUGUCAGAAUAUAGCCACCACUUUCACAAAGAUAAUCAAGCUUAUGUAGUUAAAAUGCACCCUAAUAGCAUCUUGGAAAAUAUAUUCUAUUUUCGUGUUUGCAGCUAUACUGAACAAAUUGCUUUGGUAAAUUACUUGGACAAAUUCAUCACGGAGCAUAAAGAUGUGAAGAUCAUCAUUAUUGACAGCGUUACUUUCCACUUUCGCCAAGACUUUGACGAUAUGGCUCUCCGAACUCGAUUACUCGGUGAAAUGUCUUUAAAGUUUAUGAAGCUUGCCAGAAACUUUUCUUUGGCUGUUGUUAUGUUGAAUCAAGUUACAACCAAGCAUAUUGAAGGUUCAUUUCAACUGACCCUUGCACUAGGUGAUAGCUGGUCGCAUUCUUGCACAAACCGGAUCAUCUUAUAUUGGAAUGGCGAUGAAAGACAUGCAUACAUUGACAAGUCUCCUUCUCUUAAAUCAGCUUCAGCACCAUAUUCUGUGACUUCUAGGGGGAUUCGUAAUUGUAAUUCUACUUCCAACAGUAAAAGAAUCAAGAUGGUGUGAGAUUUUGAGUAAGUAGAUAAUGGAACAACAUGCUUCUUUUUUUUGUGGCUUUUCUACAAUAUUGGCUUUUCUGUAGCCUCAAAGCACAGUGAACUUUGUUUUGGUUAUUGGUUAUGGAAUUUUGUUCCAUUAAACUGAGUCAAAUGUAAAUGAGAAAAUCAAGAAUUGUAAUUUUUGUAAACGCAAUGUCUGUUUUUUAUGAAUAUUGGUAGCUA